AUGUUAUGGAGAGAGCUUUUCUUACCCGUUUUCAAAGGUCAUGGUGUUUAUGGCUUUAUUGAUGGAAGUUUUCCCUGUCCUGAGCCUACUAUUCUUCAUAAUGAUGGUAAUUCCAGAACACUUCCUUUCAACAGUGGAUUCAACUUGACUCCCUUGUUCUUUCAUAGAUUCAAGCAACAAUUUCCCAAGAGAUUCUCCAAGCUAUUAUCAAGCCAAAUCAUUCUCUCACUUCUACAGACACGUGGCUUCAAAUCGAAUGCGUUGACGUCCAUAGGUAAUCCAAUCUCUGAAUCUGAUCUUGUUCUACAAAUACUUUCUGGAUUAACUCCAGAAUAUAUGUCGGUGAGCACCUCUAUCUCUACUCGUGUUCCUCUUCCUACUUUUAUUGAAGCACGCUCUCUAAUUUUCCUUCAUGAAGCCCAAUUAAGUAGUUUCUCUAAUUCUACUAUGAAUAAUUCCACCACUGCUUUUAUGGCCAAGCAGCAAUCGUCUCCCUCUUAUGGUCGUGGACGUGGUCGUCAUAACAAUGGUGGUCGAGGUCGCUAUAAUCAAGGGAAUACCAAAUUUUUUAAUGUUGGGCCUCAACAGUUCACUCCACGUCCCCGUCUUCCUUCCAUCUUAGGUCUUCCUCCAAUUUCUUAUCCUGCUGCUUUCAAUCCAUCUCAACCUAAUAAUGUGACGUUUUACUGCCAACUGUGCUAUCAGCCACACCACACUGCUCGAGAUUGUCCUUCUCUAAAUUCUAAGGCCUUUGUCUCAGAUAUUAGUUCUAACUACUCAUGUUCUUCACCUGGUGAUGCUUCUUGGUUUGUGGAUAGUGGAGCAUCUUCUCACAUGACUCCAAAUGCAUCCAAUUUAUCCUUUAUUACUCCAUACAAUAGCUCAGAUAGUGUAGUUAUGGGUAAUGGAACUCAAUUUCAUAUUUCCUACAUUGGAUAUAGUAUUUUCUCUACUUCUGAUUCUCUUUUUUCUCUUAGAGAUAUUUUAGUUGUUCCCUAUCUUUCCACCAAUUUACGAAGCAUUCGUAAAUUUGUUUCAGAUAAUAAUUGUUCUAUGGAAUUUGAUCCUUUUGGUUUUUCCAUUAAGUAA